GCUUAGCGCUUAGGCGCGCUGCACCACACUGCAGAGAUCCUAUAUCUCAAAUAGAGACCAGAUAAUGGCUCUGAAAUCUAUUGAAUUCUCCGUCAGUGGUCUAGUUCAGGGUGUAGGAUAUAGAUACUUCGUGAAGGGAGUCGCUCGCGCGGAGGGACUUGUUGGAUGGGUGAAGAACGACCCGGCUGGACACGUAAUAGGCAUGGCCCAAGGAGAUGGGACUGCCGUGGAGACGCUAAAGAGAGAGUUGUCCAUUGGCCCUCAGCAUGCGAAAGUAACGAAAGUUGAGGUUAAGUCGGAGACCUCUAUCGAUCGACUUCAAUUCUCAUCUUUCAACAUCACAUAUUGAUUGUGAGUCGCGUAGCAAACGAUCUUUCAUCACAGCGUGGAACAUGGCGCCUUCGGUCGAUCCUGGCUGGAGUUUAUGCUGAUUAGUCGAUGUCAUCUCGGCGAUGCACUCGAUCACCACGCAACCAGCUAUAGGCUUGCGGAUGAAACCCUUCUCGUGCGCAUUAGACGUUCCAUCGACAUGUACCAUCAACCUCCUAACAUGAUGGUAUACCGCACACCAAUGAAACAAAUACGCUACGUCAAUUGUGAUUCAUC